UAAAUUGUUUGAACGUUAGAGCAUUGCUUUACCGUAUUGUCCUACAAGCUCAUCCGUAGUUUGUGAAUGACGUGUUUUGUGCGCGACGAGUACCGGCAAAGAUGGGACAGAACCAAAGCGGAGCUCCUGGAGCAGGAGGUGGGAAAAAGAAUGACAAGGAUAAGAAGAAGAAAUACGAGCCGCCGGUCCCGACCCGAGUCGGCAAGAGGAGGAAGACAAGGUCCAAGGGACCAGACGCAGCCAGCAAACUGCCGUUAGUGAAGCCACACACUCAGUGCAGACUGAAGUUGCUGAAGCAGGAGCGCAUUAAAGAUUACCUGCUGAUGGAGGAGGAGUUCAUUAGGAACCAGGAACAGAUGAAACCUUUGGAGGACCAGGAGGAGGAGAGAUCGAAGGUUGAUGAUUUGAGAGGGACACCGAUGUCUGUGGGGAAUCUGGAGGAGGUCAUUGAUGACCAUCAUGCUAUUGUGUCCACCUCAGUGGGCUCGGAGCACUACGUCAGCAUCCUGUCUUUUGUGGAUAAAGACCUGCUGGAGCCAGGCUGCUCCGUCCUGCUCAACCACAAGGUCCACGCGGUCAUUGGUGUGCUGAUGGAUGAUAUUGAUCCCCUGGUGACGGUGAUGAAGGUGGAGACAGCACCACAGGAGACAUAUGCUGAUAUCGGUGGACUUGCCACUCAGAUCCAAGAGAUCAAGGAGUCAGUGGAGCUGCCUCUCACACACCCGGAGUAUUAUGAGGACAUGGGCAUCAAACCUCCCAAAGGAGUCAUUCUGUAUGGACCUCCAGGAACUGGUAAAACUCUUCUGGCCAAAGCAGUAGCCAAUCAGACGUCAGCGACGUUCCUGCGUGUGGUCGGUUCCGAGCUGAUCCAGAAGUACCUGGGUGACGGACCCAAACUGGUGCGUGAGCUUUUCCGAGUGGCCGAGGAACAUGCGCCCGCCAUUGUUUUCAUCGACGAGAUCGACGCCAUCGGGACCAAGAGGUACGAGUCCAACUCUGGCGGUGAGCGUGAGAUCCAGAGGACGUUGCUGGAGCUCCUCAAUCAGCUGGAUGGAUUCGACUCGCGUGGAGACGUUAAAGUCAUCAUGGCUACAAACCGCAUCGAAACCCUCGACCCUGCGCUCAUCAGACCAGGUCGGAUUGAUCGUAAGAUUGAGUUUCCUCUGCCGGACGAGAAAACCAAGAAAAGGAUUUUCCAGCUUCACACGAGCCGGAUGACUCUGGCUGAUGAUAUCAGUCUUGAUGAACUCAUACUGGCGAAAGAUGACCUUUCUGGAGCCGACAUUAAGGCGAUCUGCACUGAGGCUGGACUCAUGGCACUGCGUGAGCGCAGGAUGAAAGUCACUAAUGAAGAUUUUAAGAAGUCUAAAGAGAAUGUGUUGUAUAAGAAACAGGAGGGAACUCCAGAAAGCAUGUACCUCUAACUGUGUGUGUGUGAGAAGCUGAAAAUGUCUGUUCAGAAGCUGUUUUAUACUAUUUAUAUAAAAGUUGUUGUUCUAUUCACAUUAAAGUUCUAGAAGAUAAA